AAUUUCCAGCUCUCCCCAUUUUCCCUGUCCACUGUCCACUGCCUUGCCAAUUACUAUCUAGCUCUUUUUUUCUUUUUUCUUUUUUUUUCUUUUUACCUUUAGUUACCUCUCUCUUCGACUUUUCCUCCUUUUCCCUUCCUUUACUCUUCCCACCCCAGUAUUGCAACCCAAGAGGAGAGAGAAUAUUACUCAGGUAAUAAUUGUGCAGUAGUGCACGAAGCAUCUCGCGUUCUUGAGAGUGAGAGAGAGCUUGAGAUCGUCUGGUCCCCAGCCCCCCUCCUCAUUCCCUCUCUUCUAACCCCCUGUUCCCACUCAAAGUCCUUCCUUGUGUUAUCUUUUUCCGAAUCACUCCUUCAUCCUCCUUUUUUUCUAUUCUUUUUUUUUCUUCCCCUAUUCCUCAUUCCUUGACGCCGACUCCUCAUACCUUCACUCCUUUUUCCAUCUCUCCACCUAGCCUGCGUCACCCUGGCUUGACAAACCUCCACCGAGGAAUCAUUGAGCACGUCGCCGCCAUCAUGUCGCUCUUCGUCUGGAGCUCGAGGAGAGUGGGAGGGUUGGCCAUGCUAAUGACCUUGGCCCUCAGCUAUUGGGUUAUCACUAAGGAAGCAGCUGCAUCGCGAUAUGACUACAAGUAUAUGCAACACGUUCACCAAGAGUCAUUGACCAGGCCGCCGGCUCAUAUGCUUAUUCCAUCCACCGAAGGAGCUGGCUACUGGACCGUCAUUUUCACCUAUUAUGCCCUAUUAAUUCACUUCCUGGUUUUCGCUUUCCCCAUGCGUUCUUGCUGGGCUAUGUUCGAUAUCACUCGAGGCUUAAAGAAGGCUGCCCGAAGCAAGUCGCUGAAAGAUUUUAAGCUCUCCCACCGUCGCCGCGGGUCGUCUACUUCUCUCUCCAGCUCUGAGACAUUGACUUCCUCCAAGGAGGAUUCUUUGCCUUCCUCGGCUACUAGCAGCGAAGCUGGCGAUAUUGAAACCGAUUUUUACAACGACGGUGAUUCCGAACCUAAUAAUGUUAUUCAUGCUAUUGUUAUUCCCAAUUACAAGGAGGAGGUUGAUAGUCUGAGGGAAACACUGGAUGUCUUGGCAUCCCACCCCCAAGCUCGGAAUUCCUAUGAUAUCUAUCUUGCUAUGGAACAGCGCGAACACAAUGGCGAGCUCAAGGCUAUGAAUCUUAUCCAGGAAUUUGUCAAGAAGUUCCGCUCGAUCGACUUUACGCUCCAUCCGUCUGACAUCCCUGGCGAGUCGCCUGGAAAGGGUAGCAAUCUAGCAUGGGCUGCGCGCAAACUUAGUGAGAGAUAUCCUUCGCAAAUCAGGAAGGAUGUAAUUGUCACUGGAAUUGAUGCCGACAGCCAUCUGUCGCCUAAUUAUUUCGCUUUGCUUUCCAACAUGCACACUACGCACCAAGAGACCGCACCCACCACUCUGUACUCUGCCCCCAUCGUUUUCGAUCGCAAUGCCCACGCCGUUCCUGCUAUUGUGCGAGUGGCCGAUAUUCUAUGGGCUUGUGGUGGUCUAUCUGGCCUUUACAAUGGUUCCACUAUCGCUCCGCCUACCUCUGUUUACUCCGUUCCUCUUGUGUUGGCCGACCGCGUUGGAGGUUGGGACUGCGAUUCUGAAGCUAUUGGCGAGGAUCUACACAUGUACCUGAAGUGUUUCUUCGCCCUCAACGGAAAUUUGACCGUCCGAACUAUCAUGAGUCCCGUCAGUCAAAGCAAUGUCAAGGGCGACGGCGGUGUAGGAUACCACGGACUCUACAAUGAUAUGCGAGCUCGUUACAAGCAAGCGCUACGACACAUGUGGGGAGCUCUCGACAGCGGCUUUGCUAUUAGGAAAUUCGUGGAGCUUUGGCAAGAGCGAAAGCAUACUGCCAGAGCUUUCCGACCGCUCCACAUUGCCCUAAACAACCCCACCGACUCGUAUAUCACGCAGACUCAGCUUGACAUGAACCCCGAACAGACUCUCGAGAGCGCGAUCUUUUCUGAUGUUACCUCCGACACUCUAAAGGAACCUGAUUGGAAGCGAAUUGUCUUCUUAUUCCACCGACUUUUCGAAGCUCACUUCUUACCACUCCAGAUGACGAUCCUAGUCAUUGCUUCCACCUUGUACAUGUGGGUUACUGAUGGUAACGGAGAUCCUCAUGGACUUGGCUGGAUCUUUACUCUUUGCAACGUUUUACGAACCGCUGGCUUUAUGGAAGUCGUGUUAUUGAUGUUCUUAUAUGAGCGAUUCCACAAGAUCUGCGCCGCCACUCGCGAGAGGGAAAUGCACGAAGCUGGUCUCGCGAAGGGAAUGUGUUUCUCUCACCGUGAGAUUAAGAAGAACUACGUCGACUAUAUGAUGGCGCCCCUCGUCGCACCGUUGUAUGGUGCUAUUCCGACCGCCCAGGCUCAGAUCAUGCACUUCUUCACACUUGAUCUAGUAUACACAGUCAGCAAAAAGGUCACACGGCAACGGGCCAAAUCCAUAAUCGCCACUGUAAUGCCUUAACGACUGAGCUGUUUUUUGACUUCCUUAAUAUUCGUUCAGGCCGACUAUCGAGAUGGUCGGGUCUGCUACACCCUUUUUCGAUUCUCCAACCCGUUGAAGACCGGCGAAGUAACGUUUUCUGACUUUUUUUGAAAGAAGCUCCAAGGAGCGUGUGUAAAUAGAGGACAUGAUGUUGAUAUGCAUGGCAUCGGCAUUGGCAUUCUAGAUACGGGGACAGUUUUCAGGGCUCACGGAGUUCUAGGAGCACUACGCGGGAAUGAGAUGUUAUUCCUGCCGGCAUUCGUUUACGCGGCAAGAGAGCGGCCACGAAAAAAGAGCACAGCUCAAGACGGUCGAGAUCGACUCGUCGAAGUCGAGAGACGCAUUUGUCCGAUUGGGGGACGGGCUAGCCCAGCAAGGACGACGAUGAUACGGGUUCACGAUGGAGAGAAACUCGAAGUACCUAAUGCGCAAACCUAGCCCGGUAAUAUCUAAUAAUGAUGUACAUAAGACAAGAGCAGCCCUCCGACGAGGGUGGUGGAGAUGAGGAGCAGCUCGGCGAUUGAGAAUAGUUGUCAAGCAGUACUCUUGAAGCUUACAACAAUAAAUGAUAAAUCGUAUUGCUCUACAAUCAAUCAAAUAACGAGAACUAUUUUAUGAUACUGUG